AUGGAUGAUUCCCAACAAGGGUUUAUCAAAUGCCCAGAUUGUGAUUUUAUAUCACUUUCCCAAGGUGGUCUUGGAGUUCACCGCUCUAAGCGCCAUAAAAUUAUAAUUCCAGAUGAUGUUAAGUCCCUGUAUGUCGAACGUAUUUUUCCCGAAGGGAAACCUGUCUAUUGUUGUUUAUGUGAUGUCACAAUUGGUUCAAUUGCAAAUUUUAGAAGGCACAUGAAAAAUAAUCAUGAGAGUAUUAAAUUAUUUGAAUCGGCCAAAUGUUGUAUAUGCGGUAAAAAAUUCCCGAAGGGUCGUGGCGCGGGCGUCCACCUCCAACGUCAUCACAAUAUAGGAUCUAAUAAUUCAUAUCCUCAUUCUCCUACCCCAGUCAUGCCCUUCACCAACAGAGACAAUACCAACACCCCUUGGAGUAGGAGUAGAUUGAGAAGAAGAUCGAAUCCAGUAUCACCCAUGUCCUGCCAAGACCCCAAUCAUGUGUAUGAUUCCACGGUAGAUAGUUCCACUAAUUCUAAUGAGGUUAUUUCUGAUACCGUUCAUGCGCAAUGCCAAUCUUCACCCAUUAGUCCCUACCAGUCCCUCAACCCCAUCCCUAACCUUCCGUGUUCCACUACCAAAGAUCCCAUCAACAACAACCCCCAUCCGACCCUGAUGGUUUUACACCCUGAUGAAGAUUCACUGGAUCCCACACACUCCCCUCCUAGACCCACCAUCGCCAAUCCCCACCAUACCACCUCCCUUCAGCAAUCUCCUGAACCACCGGUCGCCUUAAGUGGUUGUACUGAUGCGAUAAGCGAUAUUCCGUCCCUGUCACCGAUCCCCUCUCAUGAAAAGAUUCCCUCCCAACUUCCCCAACACCCUCCAGUGAUUUCCAUAACACCAACCCCUCAUCAAACAUACCCUGAUCCUUCGGUCGCCUUUAGGGUGGUACUGAUCGUGAUGGUGAUUGUGGUCAUAAUCAGCCCAAACAAUCCCUACUACACUCCAUCCUCAGCAAAUUCAGCAUCCCAAAACCCUUUUAUCAUCCCCCCUCCCCUCUCAGAGUCGUUUCUCACGUCCUCAUCAGACAUGUCAUGCUCUAAUAGUAACACCUCAUCCAGUCACGCAGAUCCUGAUCCUUCGGUCGCCUUCAGUGGUGGUACUGAUCGUGACGGUGAUUGUGGUUCUAAUCAGUCAUCUAAUCCUGUAUUAACUAAUCCUUCGGUAUUAUUACCCUUAAACUCAACGCUUAAUCGUCAGCUCCUUCCUUCACAACGCCUCAACAUAAGAAAUCAUAUCCAGUCGAGUUGGUUAACCUUGAUCCUGAGGAUGAUGAUGACGACGAUGAUGACUUAGAACAUUCCAGACCUAGUUCCGCUAUAUCUCCAUCUACAUCCUAUCCUGAUAACACCAACAACACCGUUCAAUUCAAUGAUUAUUCAUCAAUAGACACCGAUCCUCCUCUCCCCUCUGACAUCCCUGUUAACCCUAGUUCGAAUAACACCAAUCAUUCUGAAUUCGCCAACUGCUGGACUAGUCGUAUCAAGUCAACCGAUUCCUUCGAAGCUUUUUCUUUCCAAUGUGAAAAGUUUGCGGAAGUGGUAGUCAAGGAAGCGAAGGUUAAAACAUCCAAUGCAUCCCGGCCCAGACAAAGAUCUAAUCGGCCCAAUAAUAGAGAUGUUAAUAGCAAUCGACCAAGAGUUCUCCCCAAUCCCAUCGCUGCGAGAAGAAUUCAAACCCUGUAUAGAUUGUCUAAGAAAACAGCAGCAAAACAAAUAUUAAAUGACAACAACACUGUCUAUUCGGGUACGAAUGAUCAAGCUAAGGAUUACUUUACCAACACUUUCUCUGCUAACCCUAUAAACAUUGAUGAAGUAUUGGAGUCGUUAAACCGUCAUGUUCCAACUGCUAAUGAGGAUCCCACUGUUAUAGAGCCCAUGAGUGAGAAGGUUAUUAAGAAUAAACUUAAAAGUAUGUCCAACUCGGCCCCAGGAAAAGAUUGUGUAGAAUAUCGCCACCUUAGACAGGUUGAUUCAGAAUGCAAAGUGCUUACAUGUAUCUUCAACAAAUGUUUAAAACAAAAGCAAAUACCAUCGAUUUGGAAAGAGUCUACCACGAUCCUGAUAUAUAAGAAAGCGAACAGUGAUGACGCAAGUAAUUUCCGUCCUAUAGCUCUAAUGUCUUGUUUAUAUAAACUUUUCACUGCUAUCUUAGCCUCCCGUGCCACCAACUUCGCCAUUAAUAAUAAUCUUAUGUCGCAUCAACAAAAGAGUGCUAGACCGGCUGAAGGUUGCCACGAGCAUACAUUUACCCUACAAUCCAUAAUAGCAGAUUGCAAAAGGAACACGAAAGACUGCUACAUUGCAUGGCUUGAUCUGCGGAAUGCUUUUGGUAGUAUUAACCAUGAAGCUAUAUUUAUUAAAUACUCUCCAACUCCUCUAGCUCGUCGAAUUUUUGUUGCAACUCUACAAGUCUCUCACAUGGAUACUGGGGGUAAGCGACCUUUACGUUGUGGUGGCUUGACAGGACCCAUGUUUACUUUGGCUUUGAAGGGGCCUGAAGCACCAUUGUAG